GCGGCUCAGCGAGCACUCCGUCCGGUUCUGCGGGCUCAAGGGGAGAAGCGUUGAAGCACCAUGGCUCUGCUCUGAUCGCGUUUAUAAGGAGAAGUGUGGUCAAUUUACCGGCAAUCCGUCACCAUCCGCGCCUUAAUCAUGGACCUCCAGGCAAGAGGCUUGUUCUGGGGGCAUCAGCUUUGUGAGCAGUAACGUCUGAAAACUGUAUUUAUUAUUUUCCCCCCAUACUGUCACUUUUUCUUGCCUUUGCACGCUACAUGGGAUUUAAACCUAAAGUGUCAGCAGCUAGCCAACACUUUAUACUUGAUCCAUCCAAAUAUCCCCUUGGAAACGAAGACGCCCUCUAUUAGUUAAGUAAAAUAAACCAAACUAUCAAGAAACACGUUGACGAAGUUCUUCCCUCAAGUUUUCCUAUUUGGCUGGCGUGCCGGUUACAGAAAUCAAAAGUAUCAAGAGGAGAGAACACUACACAAGGAUUGCUAAGGAAUCUGAAUACUAAUUUAGAGUUUGGCAGGCAGGUGUGAGGCACCCUCAUGCAGAACCACAGGAGAUGAAUAAACCACCACAGCCUCUCACAGGACCCACAGCUGUUCCCCUCCCUGCCCAAUCACCAGGAUUGACACAGACUGCCUAUCCCCAAGGCCAGUCCUCUGUUGUUUUUCCUGGCCAGGCUCCACAAAUGAACACUGCACCGCAACCCAGACAGUUUGCCCCAGGGCCUCGUGCUUUACACCAACAGGGUGGAUUCAGGUCACUGCAGACAUACUACAACAGGCCCAACAUGCAAGGCAGUGCCCCUCGGGUCCCACCCAGCAGCACCCCUCGGUCUGUUGCACCCACUCACGUCUACCAGCCUACCUCACAGGUGAUGAUGAUUCCCCAGCAACAGUUGCCGUAUGCCAACCCUCAGGGCCAUGCUCUUUUCCUACACGGACAGUACCGUGGUCCAUACAUGCCCCAGGCCCAGCAGUACCCGGUACCCAGUGGAUCCGCAGGCUUUUACAGCGGAAGCAAUCCGACUGACUUUAAUGCAUAUGAUCCCUCUCUGGCAGGGAGGGAAAGGCGGGGGGGUGGGGGGAGAGGUGUGGGCAGAGAGAAUGGACGUCUCUCGCUGCAUGGAGCUCCUCUCACCUCCCAGCGUUAUCCUGCAGGUGCUUAUUACCCUGCACCACAGCAGUACCAAUCAUCAGUGGCCAACACGCAGGUCAUAAUAAACCCCACGCAACAGCAACCAGCCCCACCACCACAGCAAGCUCCUCCUCAGCAGACAGGUCCAGUCAAGAGAGAGCGCAAACAGAUCAGAAUACGUGACCCCAACCAGGGAGGGCGAGACAUUACAGAAGAGAUUAUGUCCGGUGGGCGAUCGACCUCCACACCCACUCCUCCACAGAGUGUUGGCCCAGAAUCUGAAGGUCCUGUCCAGACCAAUGGUGAAAGUGUUUUGCAUGUUACUUCUGAAGAUCCAGUUAAGCCUGUGGAGCCUCCUCCAGCUGUCUCUACCCCUCCUCCAGCUGUCUCUACCCCUCCUCCAUCUAAAACACCGGAGGAAGCCCCAGCUCUACUUUCAGCUGCCGAUUCUAAACCUGUGCCUGAGGUCAGACCUGCUUCACCUGAGGACAAGGUUUUCAUUUCUUCAGAAGAGGACACUGAUGUUAUUGCCACGGCAUCUCGUGCAUCUCCACCAGUUUUGACUUCUCCAAACAAUCCCAAACAUCCAGAGCCUCAAACUAGGGACCGCGUGGAAGCUCCAGUAGUCCCAGAAGCCCCUGCACAAGAGUCCGAUGAGUCCUCCGUUCAGACAGAGCAGGCUUCUGCUGAAGUUGUAGAAGAGGAGCAAGACGUAGCCAAGGAGAUCGAGUCGGAGCUUGUCGGCAGCGUAGAGCCACCAUCUGACUCGAGCUCAACAACCAUCAUCUCCACCCCUGUGGAGGCUCCUGCUGUAGCAAACGGAAGUGAUGAAGUUUCUAAGGACCCUAGCCCUGUAACCAUAGCAACAGCAGUUCCAGAGUCCAUCAUUGAGGACUCAAAGGAGCAGCCCAUGCUUAACGGUUUGCCUCAGGACCCUGCAGAGGCUCCCGAAGUGAUGUCCGAGUGCUCCACAAAUCCAGUUGAUGAACCGGUGGUUGCCGAAGUCCAGCAGAGCUGCCUUACUGCUGUAGAAGCACCUGUUGAGGAAGAAGUUGAGCAGAAACAAGAAGAGAUCCCAAUCCCUGCAACAAGCUGUCCUGUUGAGGAGACCACUAUGCAAGCUACCAUGAUGGCAGUGUCAAGGAAGAAGAAAAAGUUCAAGGAUCUGGAUAAGAAAGAUGUGGGAGAUGUCUUGGAUGCUUUUAAAGAGCCUGAGGAGAAGCCUGCACCUGAGCCAGAAGUUGUUCAGAAAGCUCCCUCCCCGGUUCCACCCCCUGUCCCGCCAGCAGAGGAAUCAGAUGAAACGUGGGAAGAUAAGGAGGACAAGGAGGACAAACUUGACACUGAGAAUAUUGAACCAGAUGCACUCAAAUCUGUUGAACAGAAGUAUACAUAUAAAGAAGAGCAGUGGAAGCCUAUUAACCCAGAGGAGAAGAAACGAUACGAUCGAGAGUUCUUGCUUGGCUUUCAGUUCAAUAGCGUGAGCAUGAACAAACCCGAGGGUUUGCCACACAUCAGUGAUGUAGUGUUGGACAAGGCCAAUAAAACCCCACUGCGGCCCAUAGAUCCCAGGAGUCUGAUGAACUGUGGGCCUGACUUCACACCCUCGUAUGCUAACCUGGGACGACAGUCAUCUGGAGGCGGAGGAGGUGGAGGACGAGGACCGUUGCACCCUUCUCAGUCUGGACGACGCCCUCAGCCUGGCCGAGGGAAGGAGCAGGUCAAUCGCAAUCCCAAGAUCAUCACAAGCUUGUCUCUCAAAGACAACGUUGAACUCAACCAGGCCGAAAACGCUUGGACGCCCUCGGUUAAGAAGCAAUCCAAAGGCCGUGCUGCGGAGGUUGAAGAUGAGGACGGGGAAGCUGCAAAAACGCAGGAGCUUUUCCGCCGCGUGCGCAGCGUCCUUAACAAGCUUACGCCACAGAUGUUCCAGCAACUGAUGAAGCAGGUGACGGAGCUCACCAUUGACACAGAAGAGAGGCUCAAGGGCGUCAUUGACCUCAUCUUCGAGAAAGCCAUCUCCGAACCCAACUUUUCCGUAGCUUAUGCCAACAUGUGCCGCUGCCUUAUGGGGCUUAAAGUCCCCACUUCAGACAAACCGGGAGUCACUGUGAAUUUUCGUAAACUGCUGCUCAAUCGUUGUCAGAAGGAGUUUGAAAAGGACAAAGAUGACGAUGAGAUAUUUGAGCAGAAACAGAAAGAGCUGGAGGCUGCCAAUGAAGGGGAGCGUCAGCGUCUGAAAGAUGAACUGGAGGAGGCCAAGGACACAGCACGCAGAAGGUCGCUCGGCAACAUCAAGUUCAUUGGCGAACUGUUCAAGCUUAAAAUGCUAACAGAGCCCAUCAUGCACGACUGCAUCGUGAAGCUCCUGAAGAACCAUGAUGAGGAGAGCUUGGAGUGCCUCUGCAGACUGCUGUCCACCAUUGGCAAAGACUUAGACUUUGAGAAGGCCAAGCCUCGUAUGGAUCAAUACUUCCACCAGAUGGAGAAGAUCAUCAAAGAGAAAAAGACAUCAUCUAGAAUUCGCUUCAUGCUUCAGGAUGUUAUAGACCUUCGACGGAACAACUGGGUGCCCAGGAGGGGAGAUCAGGGUCCUAAAACCAUUGAUCAGAUCCAUAAAGAGGCAGAGAUGGAGGAGCACAGGGAGCAUGCCAAAGUACAGCAACAACUGCUGUCUAAAAAUGACUCCAGUCAGGGGCGAAGGGGACGUGGUGGUGGUGGUGGUGGUGGUGGUGGUCCGCACUCUUCUGGGGGCCGUGGUAGCCAAACACAGGAUGAGGGCUGGAACGUAGUGCCUAUUACCACCAAGAGCAGGCCGAUUGACACCAGUCGCCUCAGUAAAAUUACGAAGCCUGGUGAUUUCAACAACCAGCUGCUUGCCCCAGGAGGAAAGGGGUCGUGGGGUAGCUGGGGCAAAGGAAGCAGCGGAGGCUCCGGAGCAAAGUCUACUGGAGAACAAGAUCCGGGAAGACCUGCCACUAGCACACUCAACCGCUUUUCUGCAUUGCAGCAGUCUGGACAUCAAGUGUCUUCAUCCUCGCAGGAGUCUGAUCGUAGGGUACCUCAAAGAAAUAGCUCCAGUAGGGACCGUAGCGAUAGAGACCACGGUGAGCGGGACCGAGAUCGUUUCGAGCGCUUCGAUAGCAGGCGUGACGACCGGGAUAGAGGCAUGGACAGGCCCCGUCCAGCCAUCACCAAGCGCAGUUUCAGCCGUGAAAAUGAAGAGAGGAGAGGUGACAGCCGCGGACCUCCGGAUUCAGUACGCCGCGUUGCCAGCAUGACAGAAAACCGGGACAGGGGCAGUCGUGAGCGGGAUCGAAGCAAAGAUACAGUGAAACCGGUGUCUGCUCCUACUCCUCCACCUCCUACUCAAGCCAAACCAGCCUUGGAUGAGGACCAGCUGGAUAAGAAAUCUAAAUCAAUUAUUGAAGAGUAUCUCCACAUCAAUGAUCUAAAGGAGGCAGUGCAGUGCGUGCAGGAGCUGAACAGUUCCUCUUUACUCUUUGUGUUUGUUCGGAAUGGUGUGGAAUCCACAUUGGAGCGCAGCACCAUCGCAAGAGAGCACAUUGGUCUGCUGUUUCAGAAGCUUCUUGGUGCUGGAAUACUUCCUGCUGAACAGUACUAUAAGGGACUGCAGGAGAUUCUGGAAAUAGCAGACGACAUGGCCAUUGACAUUCCUCACAUUUGGCUUUACUUGGCUGAGAUCAUCACACCCAUGUUACAAGAUGGAGGCAUCCCUAUGGGCCAACUCUUUAGGGAGGUGUCCAAACCUCUUCUGCCUAUGGGAAAAGCAGCUGUCUUUCUGGUUGAAUUGCUUAAUCUUUUCUGCAAAGGAUUAAGUCACAAAAAGGCUGGAUUAAUGUGGUUAGAAGCGGGGCUUAGCUGGAAAGACUUCCUGCCUGAGGAUGAGGAUGUCAAUAAGUUUGUUACAGAGCAGAAAAUGGAGUUCACUCUGGGUGAAGAGUCCGAGAAGCCCAGUAAGAAAGAGCUGACUGCCGAGGAGCUGAGUAAACAUUUGGACAGAUUGUUCGAGGAUAAAGCCAACAAUGAGAGGAUCUAUGACUGGGUAGAGGCCAACCUAGAUGAGCAGCAGAUGAGCUCCAAUCAGUUCGUACGGGCACUGAUGACGUCUGUGUGUCAGUCUGCUGUCAUAUGUGAGAACCCGUACAAGGUGGAUGUGCAGCAGGUUAACCAAAGGGCCAAACUGCUACAGAAAUACCUGUCUGAUGAAGCGAAGGAGCUUCAGGCUCUCUACGCUCUCCAAGGUCUCAUGGUGCAGAUGGAGCAGCCUGCCAAUUUGCUACGCAUGUUCUUCGACGCCCUGUAUGAUGAAGAUGUGAUCAAAGAGGAGGCCUUCUACAAAUGGGAGUCCAGCAAAGACCCAGCCGAGCAGUUAGGGAAGGGUGUGGCUCUGAAAUCCGUCACUGCCUUCUUCACAUGGUUGCGAGAGGCUGAGGACGAGUCUGACAACAGCUAAUUCAGAUCCAGGGUAGCCCGGUUAGCACUGGACAAAUACUAGUGCUGGAGACUCGUGAAAGAAGGAUAUCUGACAACCAAGCUGAACUUGAUCCUCGUGAAGGAUGGUUCAGAAAAACUACAAUCAUUUCUCAGUCCUCUAUUGCUCUCUAUAUCUGUCGUGGCUGAAAUCCACUAAAAUGAAAAUAAAAUGUAACAAAAAGUUCUGCAGGACUCCUUAAACGUGUUAACGAUUCAUCGUCAUUUAUAUUUUAUGAGAAGUUCUUGAAAACCGUACAAACCAACGCUGCUCUUACAUGUUAAUAUAGAUUUAUAUGCAACGUGUGGUAUAUGACAACAGGAGUGGUGUCAUAUAUAUUGUGUGUAGAGGAGGGUGUGAUGGGGAUCUUGUACUUUGGGUUUGUUACAGCCGAUCAAACGCAAAGCUCUUACCGUAGGGAUUGUGUGCGUGUGCGCAAGACGAUUCGUGUUUUUAAAUCUACAAAAUGUAUAGGAGCAUAGUAUUUGCCGAAUUCUCGAAGUGACGGAUGAAAUUUGAGUAGCGUUUGUAUUUUUUACUUCCUGCAUACUUCGUUAAGGUGUGGGCCUGUUGAAGUUGAGAAUGACGGUGGAUGGACUUUGACCUUUUAGUGCUGCUGGAAGAAGAGGGUGAUCCAACAUGCUUCCUAAAUAAGCCAUCCAUGUUCUGCCUCCUACCCCACACUUUUGCAUCUUACCUCUCUUGAAAAACUGAUCGGUGUCUUCGUGGAAGCCCUGCUUGAGCAAGCCUGCAGUGGAUUUUUAGGAGAAAUCAUUAAAACUUGAAGCAUAUAGAAAAAUCAACUUGAUGAAAUGACAGUAAUGAUCCUAAAGCCUUUUCUACUUGCAAAGUGGAAACACAUUUCAGGAGCGUUCUGUACAUAUAUAUGAAAAUGUUUCUUUUUUGUUUUAUUUUCAGAAAUUAAAAGUUAAAAAAUCUGAUGUAAUGCCAUUUAUUUUUUCCAACAGAAAUGGCAGUUUCCCUGUAUUUAAGAUUUGUUUUCUUCCACAUGGUAAGAGGUGCUUACAGUGAUCCGUUGAUUAGUUUUAUUGAAACAAAUUGUGUAAAUAUUUUUUGCUCUUUAUUAUUUAAGGAAUUAAUGCUUUCGCAUCAACUGGAAACCUUGGAGAGUUAAAACAUUGCAAAUAAUAAAAGAUUAUCAAGUUGCUAAA